CCACUUGGGAAUAAUGUGAAUACUAGACACAGGUUCAUUCUUUUCUUUGUUUGUUUGUAUUUUCUUUAUAUUCAAAGCUGAUAAAUAAACCGGUAUUUUCAAAUAAUAAUAAGUAGGGAAAGAAUUCCAAAAGAAGAAUAACUAAUAAAGGGAUUGGUUUGAGGAAUUUACUGGAAAAUUGUAGAGAGAAAAAAAAAGAGAGAGAAAGAGAGCGAGAGAGAGAGAGAUGUGUUGUUUUUCUGAGAGUCCAAUGGAGAAAACUACGCGGCGGUGGUACGCAAUGCUUCUGCGCUCUGGAACCCCUUUGGUAAAUUCGGUGGGUAGACGAAGGAGGCUCUCGGGGGCAGCAGUGCGGGUUCUGGGGGCGGCGAGGGCGGGUGCCUCCGUUGAAAAGAGCCCUUGGCGACAGCCGGCUCUCGAUUACGCCACGGUAAGGCCUCGCAAGACCAACCAACGAGAGACCGUUUUUAAAUAAUUGACAAUUUAGAAAAAAAACAACAACAACAACAAACAAAAAAACAAAAACACAACAAAAAAAAAAACAACCCCCCAUCGACUCCACUCACAAAAUCAACACGAAUCUUAGACGAGAGGCUUCGUAGAUCGUCUUCGGGUCUGUCCAGUUACAGAAUGGAGUGUCCCGAAGCGGUCGAACGAGGUCGAAAUUUUCGUCUAUUGACUGCAGAAGAAUUACCACAACUUUUGGAUUUUCUCAAGCAAUAUUUACCGGAAUCAUUGAAGUUUCAUCAAACCCUUUUGACUUAUAUGAAACAUCGAGUAUGGGAAUUUCAUUUUUACGUAGCCAAUGAUUGGCCAGAAGUUCCGGUUUGUUUGCAUUUUCCAGGGAUGACUCUUGCCCCACACGGUUUGCUUUACGAAAGCGUAGGUGUCUUUUGUCCUAUUGAUCAACUGGAAUUAUUAAGGAUCAUGCAGGACGAGGAUAUUUUAAUCGAUUGGUCAAGACCAUUGUAUAUUAAUUUUGUUCAUUCGCAAAUUUCCGAUGAACUAAUUCGACUUUAUAAUGGCACUGGAAUAGUCGAGCGGGUUCUUGGCGAUGUCUGGUCUUGUAAGAAUAUUGAAAAUAUUGAAAACAUUGAUAAUAUUGAAGAUGAAUCCGUGCCUGCAGAAUCACAGGUUCUUCCCUUAAAACCGGAGCAUGCGGAAUGCAUUCACGAUUUGUAUCCUGCCAAUGACAUGGAAUGUCAAGAGGUGUUUUUACGACUAAUUAGGAUUUUGCCAGGAGCCGGUGUUUUCGUUAAUGGAAAAUUGGCCGCCUGGAUGGUGCAGUCAUAUUAUGGAGCCAUGUUUUCCAUGCAAACAAAACCAGAACACCGAAGAAAAGGCUAUGGAUUGCGACUAGCAAAAUACCUGACGAAAACAGUCGCUGACCGUGGCUACAGUCCAUUCGUUGUGAUACGUCCAGAAAAUGAUGCGAGUCAAAGUCUCUAUAGAAAAUUAGGAUUCAACAAAUUUUAUCAAAUGGUACGAAUGACAUUUGUACCGGAUACGUGGCGAGAAAUUGAAAAUGGAGCAAAUUCGAUAUUAAAGGGGAAUUUAGAAAAUGCAGUUAGACAAUUAAGUAUUGAACAAAGGAUAAUAGACGCGUUUCAAAAUGAUGAGAAUGAAAUGGAUGACGAUCAAAAAACCACGAAUCACGAGAAACAGGAAUUGGACAGUUUAGGUAAUGGAGAUGAUUAUAAUAAUCACAUUAAAGAGCAUGUGUAAAAAAAAAAAAAAAAGAAAACAAAAGUUUUGAACGAAUAAUAUGAACAAUAUAAAUAAAGAAUCUCAGGAGUGUUUUUAAAAGUGCGAGAAGUAAUAAUGAACAUAGAAUCAGACUGAAAAAAAAACCAAUUGAAAAUGUCGAUGAAACGGUGAUAAAACCCAACUACCAAAAUAAUCACGCAUUCUGCUUCUCUGCACCAAAAACUCUAAAAAAAAAAACAAAAAACAAAAAAAAACAAGUAGAAUUGUAAACUUGAUGCGAAAAUGACAAAAAUUAUUAUUAAAAAAAAAAAAUUAAUGUAGGACAAGUCUAUUUACCGGAAAUCUAGUUUCUAAAAUUCCCCUGAAUAGGGAUGCAAAAGUACAAAAAAAGAAUUUUUCAAAAAUUUCUUUAUUAUUACUUUCAAAAUGCACAAGUUACUAGGACUUUUUUUUUUGAACAAAAAAAAAACUUGUACAUUUUCAAAUGUAAUUUUAUUAUUUUAUUUUUUUUUAAAUUGAAACUUUUUAUUUAAAAGCAAAAUAUGGCAACAAAAAACAAAAAAAUGAUAGCAUUGUCCUAUGUUAAUAUGAAUAUUUAUGCAGUAAUAUAUUUAUAGGGAAAUAUAUUUAUGCAUAUGGGAAAAUAUUUUGAAAUUUCCAUGUUAUAAUGAAACGCGAAAAGUUUACGUGGGGCUUCUUUUUUCCUAAACAGAAAUUUUAACUAAAAAAUUUACAACAAAAAUUUCUGUGAGUUUUCCAUAUCACGCAAUGUCUCCAAGACACUUUUUUCAAUCAAUCAAUCAAUAAUAAUAAUAAUAAUAAUAAUACUAAUAAUAAUAAUUAAUGAAGGGGGAGAAAAAAUCCACUUUUCAAUGAAUUUUAUUCUAUAUAAUAAUAUGCUGACUUCCUUUGGCAUUUAAUUAGUUUUGUUUUUUUUUGCCAUCGGCAGUCUUUGACGAAAUUUUUAUUAUUUAUUUAAAAACUUAUUUUUUUAUCUUAUUUAUUUAUUUAUUUUUUAUAAAAUAAUUUUUUCUUGACUAUUAUCGAAGGAAAAAUGAUAUUAAUUCAUUUGAUAAAAAUUGUAUUAAAAAUACGAUAGGAAAAUUUAAUUUUUUUUUUUUUUUAACUUUUGAAGUUUGUUAAUUGCUUUAUGAAAAAUAAAUUUUCCUUCGUCAUGAAAAGAAAUUGAAUGUUAUCUUGUUUUAUAUUAACUGUUAAUCAGUGACUGUCGGUGGUGAUAUAAUAAUAUGAAAAAAAAAAAAAAUGAAAUUUGAAAGACCAGUGAACUCUUAGAAUUUUACUAUAUACAUAACAUUCCAUAAAAUAGAUUAAUUUUUAUCUGUUAAUUUACAAAGCUAAAUGAACGAUCUUACAGUAUUUAUUAAUAAUACAGACUGAUCUUUACAUCUUUCUCGUUGUAUUUUUUAUCUAGUUAGUAUUUAGGGCUUGUGUUACAAGGAAAAAAAAAUUAAAUUAAUUUCUAUUAAGCCUAUUGUAAAAAUAAAAUUUACAUUAGUUACAGCAUUACUUUAAAAAAAAAAUAAUACUGGAAAACUGAAUAGUUUUAUUGACUAUAUAUUAUAAAUAUAUAUAUAUAUAUAUAUAUAAAUAUUAUGGCUGAUGAAAAAUAAUAAUUUUUGAAUUGCGAAUGAGUCGGCAAAAAUGUAUGUGUAUCAGAAUGAAUCAACGUUUAUGUACUUUAGAGAGUCAACGUUGAAACGAUCUGUGAUUUAUGAUUUAUGAUGAAAAAGUUGUUAAAGCCUCGCGUGAACUGUAAAUGUUUUAAAUAUUUAAAAGCAUUACUUACAUUUGUUGUUAAUAUCAAUAUUACAAUGAAGAAACAAAUUUAUUUAAUUUCAAAUAAAAAUUUAGUCGUUUAAUAGUGUUUCAUCAAAAUUUAAAUUUUUUUUGAAAUAUUUUUAUUGGGAAAUUAAAAAAAAAAAUUAGUAAAAAAAAAUAAAGGAACAUUUUUAACAAUUUAAUUAAAAAUAAAGUAUUAUUUGAUAUAUACAACAAGUAGAGUAAUGCAUUUAAGCACCAGUACUUAAGUAGUAAAGACUACCAAAGCGGUAAUUACUAACUUAUUAAAAUACAAAAUCGCGCAAAAAAAAAGAAAAUUAUAAGGCGCCUCAGCUCGAUCAAUAAGUAAAUAAUAAUAAUUAUAAUAAUAAUAAUAAUAGAAAUUUAACUAUUCUAGACAAAUAUACCUAUAAUUUUUUCUACAUUUCAUAGCAAUUGUAAAGAACGAUGAAGAUAAUGUAAUUGUGUAGAUGCUAGUGGGAGAAAUCGAAAAAAAAAAGAAAUUUUUUCGAUCGAGCUGAUAUGACCGAUAAUUCCUAAAGGCCCCCAAAUCCUAUUUUAUUUUCAAUAUUUUUGAAUGCUAUGGGGGCUGGCUGUGAUAAUACUUCACUAAUCAAUACGUGAUGUGAACGAUUAGAAACUAAACACCAAAAUAAAUUAAUUUUUAAUUAAAGCACAUUUUUUAUUAAAAAAAAAUAAAUUUACUCUUUUUUACAAGAAUAGUGAUUAGAAUUUUUUUUAUAUAUAUGCAAUUUUAUAGAACCAGUAGUAUUUAAAAUUUUACACAUAGAUAACAUUUUUUAAAUAAUUACAAUUCUCUUUAAAUCUGAAUUAUCGAAAAAAAAUUUCUAAUUUUCAAUCCCUUAUUUUAUUUAUUAAUUUUUUAAUUUCCCCUUAGUAAAAAAAAGAAUUAUUAAAAAAAAAUUUAAUUAGUGAAAAUUCUUUUUUACUAAUUCAGAUUUAGAGAAUAAAUAUAAUAUUAAAAAGAAAGUAUACCAUAAUAAUAAUACAUUUUGUAUAUGUUUCUGAUAAAAUAUUGUUUCACAUCACGUAUCGAUAUACUUAUGCCCUUGUUACAUACCAGUCUAGCCUAUAAAAAAAAAACAAAAAAAAAAAAAAAAUUGAUAAAUCCCUACAGUGCUAAGUACCUAAUAAUACCUUAUAGAGGUUUUGGGAAUGCAAAUAAACGACGCCACCCACAUUUACAAAAAUAAAAAUGAUAGAAAAAAAAUGCGUUUAUGUUGCACGGGUCCACUUUGCAAUCAUACAAAAAAAAAAAAAACUACAAAUCUGUAAAUUAAACAGAAAAAGAGAAAUUUUCGAUAUAAGUUGAUCGCUAGUCUAACUCUUGAUGUGAAACAAUUUUUUAAACCUGCCGAAGAUACAAAUUAGACUCUCUCAAAUUUGAAUCAGUUAAAAAAUAAAAUUCAAUAAGAAAUUACAAUUUAAUUCAUUUAAAAAUUAAUUUGAAAAAAAGUGAAUUAAAAUCUAAUUAAUUAUUUUAAAUGAAGAAAUAAAAUAUUAAUUUAUAAUUAACUAUCGAUUAAUAAUAAAUAUAUUUUAUUAUUAUUUAAUCAAUUUUCCUAUUAAUUUUAAUUAAACAAAAAAAUUAAUAUUUUGUUUUAAGAAAUAAAAUUUAAAAAUUAAAUUGAAACAAUUUUUUUUCUAAAUUAUAAUUUUUACUGAUUCAUAUUUAUAGAGAGAUAAGUCCACCAAGAUCUCCGCCUGUUUUAGGUCAAUUAAUAUCUCACGUCAUCCAUAUAUUUGUCAAAAAUCGAUCAAUCGUGAAAAAAAAAAAAAUGUAUGCGAAUUGUUUGUAAGGAAUGUUCAAGAAUUUUUUACAUGAUUUUUUGUUUUCUUUACUAUAUAUUUAAAUAUAGUGAAAGCAUGAAAGUGAGACAGUAAUUUUUCAGGAGAUAUAAAAAAUAGAUAAGUCGUGAAAAAAAAAAUAAUGUUAGAGAACAAAUAAAAAAAAUUAAUUGCAUUUUUAUAAAGAUUCUCAUAUACUGGAAUUUUACAAAAAAAAAAAAUGAAAGAAAAAAUGAAAUUAGCUUUUAUUUAUAAAAAUAAAGUUUUUUUAAAAGUGUCUUUAAAAAGAAAUCUUUUUUUCUAAACAAAAAAAUUACUUUUACAAUAAAGAAAGUGUUACUUUUAGACAAGAAAAAAAAUAAUUAAUAUUUUCUUUUGUUAAAGUAGUCUUUUUUUCAAAAUCAAUUUUAAUUUUGAUUGACGCACAAAAACUAAAAAAAAAAAAAAAAAAGAGAAAGACAAAAAACACUUUACGAAAUGAAAUCAUAAUUAAAUUAGUUUGGAAGGUUUGACUGCGUUUGAAAUAUGAAAUAAAAAGACUUGUAAGAAAAUCUUCCAUCGUACAGUUGCAUUAAUUAAAAAAAAAAACAAAAAACAAAA